UAAUGGGAAAGGAUUACAGGAAAAGGAAAUUAAAAGUGAAAUUAAAUGAGAUAAGGUUAAUUAAUUUCUACUCGAUGAUUAUUCUAAAAACAAGGUUUAAUUCAACAGAUUAAUAGUAGUAUUUUUGAUUGAUGUGUGAAUUAAGUCUUCUUUUCACUUUGUUUAUCAUCACGUACAUUUGAUUGACUCAAGAUAAUCAUUUUUUUAGUGUUGUAAAAACAUCAGAUUCAUCAUGAUUCAUGAUAAUCUGCAAGGAAUGAUGAAAUGCCUCAAUUUACAACAGCUCCAGAUAGAGACAUUUAUUUGACUAAAUUGAGUUUUCAUUAUUUCAUGUAAAUUAGUAAUCUAAAUGAUCAACUAGCCAAACUCAUUUUCAUAUAAAUGUUUCUAUUUUAAUGUCAUUUUAAAGCACAUUAAUGCAUUAACAGCAAACAUAACGAGCAACUCAUACUCAAGACAAAGUGAAAUUUUACCAAAACAUUUUAAUAAGUUGUGAUGAAGGCAAUAAUCAUUUUGCUCAAAGCAAACUCACUUUAAUGAGUCAAUCAUCUGAAAUGAUAGUUUACCAACUCAAAUCACUCUUAACAAUUAUAAAAUGGGUAAAAUUGAAAUUGUCAAAAGAGUUAAUCAAUUAACUGAAGUGUCAAGUGAAAGUUGCAAUGGUUAACGUUUCUUGUCUAACAAGCAAAAAAUGUGCUUCUCAGCUUACAGAUUAGUGUUGUGCUCGAUCAAUUCGAUCAUCGAUUUAAUCGAUAAUCGCUUGCUAUUUUUGUGAUCGAUGAUCAACAUGGAAAAUCGAAAAUCGAAAAAGAGCAUGGUUACCAUAAGAAUCAUAGCUUAAGGUAAAAAUAAAGAUUUCUAGUCUGUUUUUUUCUGUUUUUGUUCAAUUUUUAACGUUUUUUUUAAACUGACUCAUGUCUCGGAGUCCAUACUGGCAAUAUUUUAGUGGUUUUGGCAAUGAAGUAGCCAAGUGUAAAAUAUGUGAUGUUUCAGUGAAAACAUGUGGAAAUACCACCAAUAUUGCUCGUCAUCUAAGGGAACACCAUCCAACUAUUUUCAGUGAUUUAAAAAAUGGAAAUAAAUGUAGUGACCCAAAACAACCUAAAAUAAGUCAAUCUCUUGAUGCUAUUAAAUCAUUAAAUGGCGGUGAUCUGAAAAAAACCUGUGAUACAAAGAUUGUUUGGUGGCUGGUAAAAAAUUAUUUACCAUUUAAUACUGUUGAAUCUCAAUAUUUUAAAGAUUUUUUGUUAUGUUUAAAUAAAAAUUAUAAGCCACCAGGAAGGAAGACAAUAAUGUCACUCAUUCAAGAGCUUGGUGUAAAUAAAAAGGAGCUAUUGAGACAACAUUUUAAAACUAUAAAAUGGUUUUGCCUAACUGGUGAUUCUUGGAAGGAUAUAUUGAACCAAAAAUCGUAUCUUGGUUUGACAAUUCACUUUUUGGAUAAUUACCAACCCACUUCAAUUUGCUUAAAUGCAGACGAGUUUACUGGAUCAAUGACUGGGGAUGCCAUCUUUUACAAAUUGAGCUCCAUUUUAGAUGAUUGGGAGAUACCAGUUGAAAAAAUUGUUGGAAUGACAACUGAUGGAGGUGCAAAUUUCAUCAACGUUGCUAGUAGGUUUGGUCACAACAUACAUUGCGUUGCUCAUCGUCUGAAUUUAGUUGCAACAAAUGCUAUUGAUAGUUUUGAAGAGCUAGUCAGUUUAUUUAAUUCAGUCAGGAAGAUAGUCACUAAUUUAAAACAGAGUUGUAAAUUAAUGAGUGAUUUGAGAGAUGAGCGAGUUAGUUCAGGUAAAGAAGAUCUCAAGCCAAUACAAGAUGUUAUAACUAGAUGGAACUCUAGUUAUUUAAUGAUUGAGAGGUAUUUAGAACUGAGAAUAGAAAUAUCUUAUGUUUUACUCAAACAUUCGAAAAGAGAUGAUGAUUUGACUGACUCUCAGGUAAAUAUACUCCAAGAAAUUGUUACGCUAUUAAAGCCAUUGUAUGAAAUGACUCUCGAUAUUUCUGGAGAGAAAUACGUAACAAUUUCUAGAGUAAUUCCUUUAGUUGUCAGUGCUAUCACUUAUAUUUCUACAAUCAGAGUAGAAACUUCAAUAGCCAAAAGAUUUAAACUCAAGGUAAUAGCCAAUCUUAAUGCAAGAUUUGAGAAUAUUGAAAACAAAAAAGUUUUUGGCUUGGCAACUUUACUUGAUCCGAGGUUCAAGAAGCUAGCUUUUCAAUCAGAAACUUCAGCUUUAGCGAAUCAAAGAGCCAUUAAUGCAAUGUUGAGUGAAAUUCCUACUACGCAAAUAUAUCGAUUAGAAGACUCAACUGAGAGCUCAAACUCAAGCGGAAUAUGGUCAAUAUAUGACAAAAAAGUCAGAAACGUAAAUGUCUCCGAUGGAAUGGAUUCAGGCCUGCUACAUUAUCUAGAGUUACCUGUACUGGAUAGAUCUGAAGAUCCGCUUGAGUUUUGGAGAAAAAAUAAAGAGAAUUGGCCUCAACUCCAUAAUUUGGCCAUUAAAUACUUAACUCUACAAGCUACUUCCGUCCCAAGUGAAAGGUUAUUUUCAAAAACAGGAGAUAUAAUAACUCAAAAAAGAAACAGAAUUAAGCCCAAAAAUGUUAAUUUAUUAUGCUUUCUUGAAUCUCUACCAAAUUGUUACAUUUGAUACUUUUAUAUUGUGUUUUUCUAUGCUUUGUUUACAUUAAAAAUCGAUCGAUUUAAUCGAUUUUUUGCGUUUUUAAUCGAAAAAAUCGAUCAGCCUCAAAAUCGAAAAUCGCCCAUCACUAUUACAGAUAAACUGGUCCACUAUAGCUACACUUAAAGAUAUUUGAUCAUUCAACUAUGAAAAUAACAAUUAAU